AUUCUAAUUUUCACACAGAAGAGUGUAUUGUGAAUUUUAGAGCGAAAACAAAUAUGCUGAAGGCUUACUACGUUUUUCUGAGAGCGAUUAUCAGAAUCUGAUUCACUCUUAACAAACACGAUUUUUAUGCGCUAAAAGAUGAACAUGUUUUAAAGGUUAGUCAACGCUUUUAUGAAUUAAAAAAAAUGUUAAAGAAAUUUUGCACGUUAGUAUCAUUAAAAAAAAUUAGAGGCCAAUUUGGUAUUGUAGUUUUAAAUUUAUUAUUUAUAUUAUAUUUACAUUUUUAUAAUCAUUUAAAAUAGGCCUUCAAUACCUCCAACCCCAACUUCUACAAUUAAAUAAGAAUAAAUGAAAUAAGCUGUGACUGUAUUCAUUUAGUAUUCAUAUCUUACAUUUACAUUCAGUAACUUACUAUCUAUGAUCUAUCUGAUCUAUUAAUUAAUUAAAUUAAUAUAAAUUUAUUAUAUUUAUAUUAUAUUAUAUAGUAUUAUAGACUAUAUAGACUAUAGAUAAUAGAUUCUAUUUCUCUUCUAUAUUCUAUAACUACUUAUUAUUAAAUAAUAAACUUACAACUAUAAAACUAAAAUAACAAUCACUGAUUGAAUCAGAUAGCAGGAUUCAGUUCUUAUUGCAUAGGCAUAAGCCAGGUCUAAGCCUAAUGACUAAUGAAUGCAAUUAUUUAAUCAAAAUUUUAUGCAAAAUUUGAUUAUGAUAAUUUGUAAUCUUUUUGACUUAGCUUGCUAAUUUAGCAAACUGCAAAAAUGUUGCCAAAAGAUGGUUCAAUUCUAGUUUGGUUAAUGCACACCUCAUCUCUGCUUCUCGAUAGAUGCUAGAAAGGGCAAUCCUCCGAAGUCCGGUCACAAAUUAUUGUGUAUGAAAAAAAUUGCAAUGCACAGUGUGUAUUUUUAGAAAACAGCAGAAAUGUCAGUCAUAGCUUUUGCAUAUAACUGUCAUGUUACAAACCAGUCAGUAAAUAUUAAAUAUUGUAAUAGGCGCAUAGCAUUUGGAAAUAGCACCCGAAAACAUUGCGCCACUGAAAGGCCCCCAAGUAACUGGCAAACAGACCGGGACUAGCACCACUCUGAUAGUGGAGUUUACGUUUCGCUCGCAUCCAAAGUCCUUCAUUUUAUAAUGACAGAGUGAGCAUAUAUCCCAUUGUUGAGCUUACCGACAUUUUGAUAUCCUUGCCAUGAAUUUCAAAACAAAAUGACGCCUAAGACUUUUAAGUAAGGAAUAAUCAUUGGAAAUAAUUUGGGACUGGACUUCGGAGGAUUGCCCAAUCCUCCGAACGCCCGCCCAAAAUUCACAACAUUAGUAAAACAAAUUGAAUGAGCAGUUACUUUGGCAGUUCAAUAAUGUUUUACUUAGUACAUGGUCAAAUGUGAUAAUUGUCACUCAACAAUUUCAAUUACUGUCUGAAAAAAAUUCUUUGUUGCUAAAAGGCCACUGGAAAGCACACCAGUAGCUUGGAAACAGGCCAUGUUGGUGUGUUCCACCUUGAUGAAUUUGAAACAAAUUCAAACACUCUAUUCUUUAAAAAUCAUUGUAGAUUACAAUGGUCUUCAAAGUUUUAGAGCUUUUGAAAAGCAUAGAAAGCUUGCAUUUCACUUCUGAAACCCAAUAAAAUAUCAUCAUGAUGAUGUUCUGUGUGCUAAGCCCACAGUCUGUCUGCAUAAAAUGACCUGUAGUGUAUACUGAAUAUCAUAUUGCACGGAAGGCAUUUCCAUGAGAAACCAUCGGGUGAAUUGGCACGUCAGACUAAAUAUAUGGGACAUUGAUAUCUAUUAUAACAGUGUUCAGCAAGCCACACUAACCAGUGCAUGCUGUCAUACAGUGCCUUGGGCAUUGUGUCAGAAGUUUACAGAAUGUUUCCUUGCGUAACAUUAUUUACAAUAGGAACCGGUGCUUGUGGUUUGCCGGUCGUGAUAUUGUUGAUUUUACAUUAUUACAAGCAAUUAAUCUGCAAGGCAACACCAUUCAUUCAGAAUCAUAGAUGUUAAAAAUCUUUAUAAUGAAAAGUAUACUAUUCAAUGCAUUUUACUAAUGUUUUGAAUUUCGGAUCAGCGUUCGGAGGAUUGCCGAAAUAAUCAGAAAAGUAAUAUUUUCUCACUUCUUUCGAUACUUUGGAACUGAACAACUACCUUCACUGCCAUUAAUAAUCAUAGUAAUGCCAACAACAGUUUAAAAAAAAAAAAGAAUUCAUCAAUAAAGUUAAUUAAAUAAUUUAAAGAAAUCAGACCUUUUUGAAGGGCCAACACUUGAGUCCUAAAAUUAAAUGAUUGUGAUUUCACCUUGCACUUGUGAUUUAUUAUAAUAUAAUAUUAAUUUUGUUAAAGGCUGAAUAUAUCUGCCAUAAUGCCCCAGAAGCGAUGAUCUGCUGUUAUGACAACUUGUGAUUUAAUGAUAAUUUUUAAUUGUACGCCUACAUGCAAUUUUUUUUAGGGCAAAGCCAAAUUCAUAAUAUUUUACACGUCUUUACACCACACGUGUCAGUUGUCAUUAGAGUUGCCCACCUCGGGUAUAGUACUAUUAAUUUACUAGUGAAUAUACUAGAAGGUCUAUGCUUAUUAUAACUAAUGUGCUAUAACCAUAGGCUGAAACUGAAGGUAAUGUACGCAUCACCUAACCCUAAAAGGCAUUUUUGGGUCAUUUAUAAUUUUUUUAAAUAGCCAUUAUUAAAAGAUUUAAAGACUGUACAUGCCACAUUUAGCAUUAGGGCCAUAGGUUGCCAGACCCUGUCGUAGGCUAGCUGCCCUAGGCACAUCAUUUAAUUAUAUUAGAAAUGGUGCGCUCAUCUGCUUUUGCAGGCUCACUUUAAUUUUUUAAUAAGCUUAAAAUUUAGCACCAGCUUUUAGCUUUAAAUUAGGGAGUAUAAAAAUGUUGGCCUAGUUGUUAUGGUUCAUGUUAGAAAGACUGUGACUUAUAUUGUAACCUACAUAAUAGUCCCUAAAUAUAGGCCUCCUCUAAUUUUAUGUCAGUGACAGGUAUCGGCAAUCUUCUUUGAACAAAGAGUUAUUUCAUAAAUUAUAUUUGAUUAUAAAAUAUUUAGGUAGCUGCAGGCAUGGGCAUAUGGGAGAGUAAAUGUGCAUAUGACAUGAUGAGUAAUAUUUUACUUCAGAUAACUUAAUUUUCCUUCUGAUAAAUUUUUAUUUUAAAUUUUGAAACUUUCAUUAAAACAAAUGUAAUGGUCACAUUUAUCUUCUCUUUUUAUAGAAACAUUCUCUUGUACUCAAACACAGGGAAAUGGCAUGUCUCAUAAAUAUAUGUGAUCUAUUUUAUCAAGUUUCUCCUCCUAUUAAUUACAAAAUAUUUAUAUUAAAAAAAAAAUUCUUUGAAGAUAUUUAAAAUAUCUUUUUUAAGGUUAACUGUGAAAGAGUUUUUUAAUAUGCUUAGACGCACCCUGGUUUAAAUUUUUAAACUUAUAGAAAGAUUCAUGUUGUUCAGUUGGUUUCUCUACUUAUGUCUAAUGAAAUUAGUGUUGCCCAUGUUUACACACAUUUAAAUUUCUGAUAAAUGGAACAGCAUCUUGAAAUGUUUACAUAUAAGUUGAGCUGGUAUUAUAGAUAAAAAAAAAAUAAAUAAUUAAAAAUGUGUCACAGAACAGUUGUUAUGGAGGAAGGCUCCAGUCCUUUUUUAUCACAAACUCUUUUGACUUAGUAGUUGUUUGAAAAGGACUGCUUCUCUCUGUGAUUUAUAUUUUUCGUAUCUAGGCGAUGAGGCAGACAAGAUCACAGCGUAGACUUGAAUGAAAUCUAAAUAACAAUUUCCAUGUAUCCAGAUGAUGAAAUAUUGUGUAUUUAUUACUAAUAUAAAAAGCUCUUCUGUAGUCCUCACUGAUUGGAAACUAUCUCUGUGUUUCUAAAUAGCUAAACGUCCACUUCUCUUACUUUAGUUUGACUCUAUCAUAUCAACGAUUCCUGUAUCAACUCAACUGAUCUCUCUCAACUGUUCCCUCUCCAUUGUCCCCUCUCAACCAUUCCCUCUAAAUUACUUGAAUGUCACCAAACCUCUAGCUCAGUGUUUCCCAACCUUUUUUGUGCCAUGCCCCACCAAAGUCUUUCUAAAAUUCUUAUGUCCCACAUGUACCAUAUACAUAAUUUUUAAUAUUAAAAAAUAGGGUUGUUCACUGAAGAAACUUAAAUGAUUUUUACAACACUUUAAACAAACGCUUAUUUUAAAUUGAGACUUUUAACGGCCCUCCUUUUAAAAUGCAAGUUAAAUCAUAGUAGACGGUUGUUUUUCAAAGUCUAGACAGCUCAUUUUCCUAUUGCCCCCCCCCCCCCCCCUCCCCCAACAAUGCAUGGGCCCCACGUUGGGAAACAGAGCUAUAGCUUAUAUCUAGCCCUCUUGAUACAUCAAACUACCCACCACUCCAACCCCGUGGUUAUUGACUUGCAACAUUACCAGAGACUACAUUCUCCCAACCAGAUCCUUUGCCCCGGACGUCUAUGCCAUGUCUCUACCGGCUUAUUAACAUCUAUCAAGGUUGGGUUCUUCUAUCGCGAAACUUAAUUAAACUAACAGCACCCAGGCCAGGGUCCUCAAGGACAUUCUACCUUUACCAGCAAACUACAAAACUCAUUACUCUAACUCAUCCGUUAUACCCUUUCCCUCACCAUCCCUCAUUGAUCACCUGAUGUACCCUUGACCGGCUUGGUUCCCAGGCUAUGUCUUCCCUGCAUUAUCAUAAACCAUCAUUAAAUGCCAAAGUCAAUACUUCCCUCACAACUGUAUAUUUCUCUGGUACCUGGUACCCACCACUGUCAUACCCACGUACAUCCAUUCCCAUGUACAGCGCUGAUCAUUUGUGACAAUUUCAAUACAUAAUAAUAAAAAAAGCUGCAUCAUGGGUCUAAGUCUAAGAUACACACUUUUAAAACCAUUCUAUUGUUACUAAAUACUCACUACUAUAGGCCUACUUUUCAAAACACCCUUGAGUCAGUUGCUCUUGGUUAGCUAGUGGUAUAUUCUAACAUUUCCAUAUAAGUGAUGUGUUAUCAUGACCUUUCCAAAAGUAUUUUUUUAAAUAUUUUUUUUUUUACCUAUUUCUGAAAACUACAUUCCGUCUCUAAUCUGAUACUAAUCAUGAUUUAAUUUAAAAUGUUAUACCUAUCAUUGGUUUUGGUUUUUGUGUACCCACCAGUCAACAUAUUUUGAAAAUUUAUUUUUAGUUCAGUUUAAUUUUUAGUUGAGUAACGGUCAGUAGCCCCUUCAAAUAUGUCCCUAAAAAAUUCGUCUCGUGACAGCUAUAAUAGAAUGUAUUUGUCUGAAACGAUGGGAUCAAUUAAAAAAAAAUGCAAAUAACGAAUAGGACAUCCAGGAUAAUUUUUAAAGGGUUGUUGUUAAUAAAGCUCCAGGAUUAUGCCAUUUGUUGUUUUUUGGUCUCUGAAUUGGUAAUUCCAUUUGUAGAAAUUGGUCUUCAAAUUGGUUAUGCCAUUUGUUAUUUCUGAUCUUGGAAUUGGUUAAGCAAUUUGUUAUUUCUGAUCUUGGAAUUGGUUAUGCCCCAAGAUGCAUCUCAAUGAAUCUUGAUAUUCACGGUGAGCUGCUUAAAGCCAUUAUUUUUAUAUUCCUUGGUGACUGAUAUUAGUGUCUUUGACGAAACUUCCAUCUCAUUUUAUUUCUUAAGUCCUUACCAUCACUUGAAUCUAUAACAUGUUUUAUAUUUAUCAUACACAUGUACAUAGCUAACUCAACCUCACAAGGUUAUAAUAAAUUGCUAUCUGGGCGCUAUGGGACACGACGGCCUGGUGGUCUGGGUGCUAUGUGACAGGACAGCCUGGUGGUCUUGGCGCUAUGUGACACGACGGCCUGGUUGUCUGGGUGCUAUGUGACAGGACAGCCUGGUUGUCUGGGUGCUAUGUGACACGACGGGCUGGUUGUCUGGGCGCUAUUUGUCAGGACAUCCUGGUUGUCUGGGUGCUAUUUGACACGACGGCCUGGUUGUCUGGGCGCUAUGUGACAGGACGGCCUGGUUGUCUGGGUGCUAUGUGACACGACGGCCUGGUUGUCAGUUGUCUGGGUGCUAUUUGUCGGGACAGCCUGGUUGUCUGGGUGCUAUUUGACACGACGGCCUGGUUGUCUGGGCGCUAUGUGACAGGACAGCCUGGUUGUCUGGGUGCUAUGUGACACGACGGCCUGGUUGUCUGGGCGCUAUGUGACAGGACAGCCUGGUUGUCUGGGUGCUAUGUGACACGACGGCCUGGUUGUCUGGGUGCUAUGUGACAGGACAGCCUGGUGGUCUGGGCGCUAUGUGACAGGACGGCCUGGUUGUCUGGGCGCUAUGUGACACGACGGCCUGGUUGUCUGGGUGCUAUGUGACAGGACAGUCUGGUGGUCUGGGCGCUAUGUGACAGGACAGCCUGGUUGUCUGGGCGCCAUCUGACAGGACAGCCUGGUUGUCUGGGCCCUGUUAAUCUUCUUGGCUUGGCCCCUGUUAUUUUGAUAGAGUGUGAUUUAUUUAUUUUUUCCAUGUGAGGAGCUCAUGUAAAGUAAUGCCAUUGUAGGAAAUACAGUAUAUUGAAUACGAAUACUGAUUUCUUGAAUACGAGUACUGAUGGUCCACCAUGAUUGGCUUGCUUUGUUAUAUACACUACUAUUGAAAUAAUGUGAAUCUACAAAUAUUUGCUUACAGUUCUAUUUAAAUAGUACAAUUCUCAAUGGUUCAGUAUUUCAGUGUUCACCUCAUGUUCUGAAAACUGACUUUUGCGUUGGAACCUUAUGAAAAAGUUCAAAUGAGUAAUUUUGAAAACCAAGAUUGUUUCCUUAAUGCUAGUCUCAAACCGGAGAGUGGGAGAGGGGAAGGGGGGUGUUUGAGUUAAUGUUUUAAAAUAAAAAUCUUGGCUCUUAGGGUCAAUUCGGCUGUAGCAAAAUGUAUCGUGUUGUUAUACAAUGACUUCCGAGCAGCAAAUCGGGCCUCGUUUAAGCUACCAAACCUGAUAGAUCUUGUUCUUUAAGUUAUUUGAAUACUUUUUUCACAAUGCAGUUCUAUAUGAACUGGUGCUGAGUACCUCUACGUCUGACAAUGUUCCCACGGCAGCCGUUGGCGGAGUGCGUAACGCCCCGCGUACCAUAUAAUGUUAUUUUAUGAACUGAUUUAUUUACAGAGGAAUGCAGGAACACAUGACCCUCUUGAUUUAGACGGCUUAAUCUUAAGUCUAGUGUUUUCACAACUUUUUGUCCAUUGGAGCACUUUGUGUUCACUGUGGAGCUCAGAAGAGCUCGGCACACGAUCCAUCUCAUGAUAGGACAUCGACGCCGAGGCUUGGUCAGACAUGUGUGAACUCUUAGAGAAUGAUAAGUGGCCACCAUCUACAGACAAGAGUCAAAUAUUACAUUGGCAAAUUGAUGCCGAAACUAGAUCUAGCCGAAACAACUCUACAUUACGCACGAUUCAUAAAAAACAAUGUGCAACAGACAGCAUAGUGAACCUAGAGACACAGACUUAACAUUUGUUUUCCUGAAGAAAGGCUUUAAAGUUCUUUGAAAAAAAAAAAAGCAAACACACCAAAACAUACACAAGGCAAACUAUUGUUCGGUGCUAUGCUAUUAUAUCUACAGAAGAAAAACUGUUGUGAUCUAUCAUUUUAGACUUAUUCUGUGGCUUGUCAUUGACCCGGAAACUUGGUUUUCAAGGAUAAUAAAAAAAAAGUGCCAUAAAUCUGUGUGGCUUCAUGGUUAGAGGUCCAUAAAAACUUCGUCUCAUGUGUCCACAGACCUUGUCACCGCCUGAACUUCUCUGGAGCCAGCUCCUGGGCUGUUAUUUCAGUCUAUCAUUGCUCUUGUGCUUGGGGUGGUAUGAGAAAAGGGGGGGGGGAUUAAUAAACUCGGGAAUUCGAUCUGAAUCUAGCUGACAAAAAGGAGUUCAGAAAAAAAAUCAAUGCUGAGAGAGUGGGGUUUGUGAUUGUUGCAGUGAGAGUGGGGGAUGGGAUUGUUGCAGUAAGAGUGGGGGUUUGUGAUUGUUGCAGUGAGAGGGGGGGGUUGUGAUUGUUGCAGUGAGAGUGGGGGUUUGGGAGUGUUGCAGUGAGAGUGGGUUUAUGUGAUUGUUGCAGUGAGAGUGGGGGUUUGUGAUUGUUGCAGUGAGAGUGGGGGUAUGUGAUUGUUGCAGUGAGAGUGGGGGUAUGUGAUUGUUGCAGUGAGAGUGGGGUUUGUGAUUGUGGCAGUGAGGGUGGGGGUUUGUGAUUGAUGCAUUGAGAGUGGGGUAUGUGAUUGUUGCAGUGAGAGUGGGGUAUGUGAUUGUUGCAGUGAGAGUGGGGUAUGUGAUUGUUGCAGUGAGAGUGGGGGUUUGUGAUUGUUGCAGUGAGAGUGGGGUAUGUGAUUGUUGCAGUGAGAGUGGGGGUUUGUGAUUGUUGCAGUGAGAGUGGGGUAUGUGAUUGUUGCAGUGAGAGUGGGGUUUGUGAUUGUUGCAGUGAGAGUGUGGUAUGUGAUUGUUGCAGUGAGAGUUAUACUGUGAGAAUGAGAUGAUUGAGAUUGGGGUAAGUGAUGUUUCCGCUAGUUUUGGGGGGCUGAUAUAUGAACUUGAAAAUAUCGUUAAUGAGAUAUCUCGUUGAUAGACCAUUAAAAAAAGCCAAAGUUAAGUUCGUGGCUUUUAUAUUUAAUUUUUGCGAAUGAGUCAAAGAUUAAAAUUAAAUCUGUAAACUGGUUUAUGUUGAAUUUAAUCCUUACAGUACAGUGAUCUUGCUCUAACAUCACCCGUAGAACAAUUUCAAGAAAUUCGUCUGAGUCGAAGCUGGUUAAAGUUGAUUUCAAGAUUUGUACCAUACAAAUGAAAUCAGUGAUACAUUGAUAACAAAACGUUGGUCAAGACUUUUCAGUAUACAUUAUAGAGCAUAGGAAUUUACAGGACUAGUCAAAAUAAAUAUUCAGCAAUGGGGAGGAAGGAAAGGGGGGGGGGGGGGGGGGGGGGGGGGGUGUCAGGCACACGUGGUUAGGCGAUGGGAACCCAGUGGUCCCCAAAUUGCGGUCCGUGGACCUUCACCGGUCCGCAUGCCUAACGCUGCCGGUCCCCAUAACAUAAAUAUUUAUUGUCAAAUAGAAAUAAAAGUAUAAAAAUAAAUCAUGUAAAAUUUAGAAACUUGUUCACCGGUCCGUCAAACUUAAAAGUUUGGGAACCACUGCCCCAGAAAUUUUCUGCGGGCGCCCAUGGACCACUUGGUGGAAAACUACACGAAGUGAAAAUAAAACCCAAAAUCGGGACCGCUUCUCACAGUAGUUUUGUGGAUAACAAAAGACUGGCCACUAACGUCACGAAUUCUUAGUCGCACACAGUUUUACCACUAUUUUACCGCGGUAAAUUGUGUCGAGAGCUUUAAGCAAGAGCCUCAGAGUUCUUUACCAUGACCAGAAUUGGGAGUCGGGCUUUGUGGCCUAAGCCUAAAGACAGAACAUAGCGUGUCCAUAUUGCGUGUUUUGUGUUUCGUUGAGAGAGACAAGCGCCCACUAGCUUGUUAACCUGAUUUAUGCUCAUCUACCAAGGCCAAACAGGUCGGAUUCCUUGCAACCACACAGGUCAGUGCGCUGAUCGAAGUGAUGUGAUUAAGAGCAUAAUUGACGUUGUUCAUAUCAUGUCCCAGUGUAAGCAAUGCUUUCUUACGAAUGUUGACAUUAACCUGUGUGGCAGCUAGUUGAUAUUAUUGAUAUUAACACAUUGGCAGCUAGUUGAUAUUAACAUAUUGACAGCUAGUUGAUAUUAACAUAUUGGCAGCUAGUUGAUAUUAACAUAUUGGCAGCUAGUUGAUAUUAACAUAUUGGCAGCUAGUUGAUAUUAACAUAUUGGCAGGUAGUUGAUAUUAACAUAUUGGCAGCUAGUUGAUAUUAACAUAUUGGCAGCUAGUUGAUAUUAACACAAUGGCAACUAGUUGAUAUUAACAUAUUGGCAGCUAGUUGAUAUUAACACAUUGGCAGCUAGUUGAUAUUAACAUAUUGGCAGCUAGUUGAUAUUAACACAAUGCCAGCUAGUUGAUAUUAACACAAUGGCAGCUAGUUGAUAUUAACAUAUUGGCAGCUAGUUGAUAUUAACAUAUUGGCAGUUAGUUGAUAUUAACAUAUUGUCAGCUAGUUGAUAAUAAUCGUUUUCAUGCGUUAGUUUUAUUUUCGUUGCUAUUGUUGACUCAGAAGUUUGUGUUACGUUUAUGUGAAAGUAAGAAGAGUAUUUUUAUAUUGAUAUUAUUUGUUAACUCUAAAACUUCAAGAAAAUGUGAACCGAUUAGGGACACUGUGUCGACAUAAUGAUACUGUACCAAGAGACUAUACAUUGAUAUCAAUUAAUUAAUAAAAUUCAUUAGAUAACAAAUACAUUGUGUCCCAAGUUUAUAGUAAAGAAUUUACAUUGUGUCUUUUCGUAUAGCUUUCUGCUGCAAAAUGUUGGUUCAUAAAAUUCUUAAUCGUCUUAGUCCGGGCUGCCCUGAAAGACUUCAAUGAUUAAUCUCAAGGAUAUCGAUUAGCCAAUUACGGAAAAUUUCAAUUAUUGAUAAAAAUACUUCUGUUAGUGGGGAGUUUUAUAGCCAGGUCAUAACAGGUGAGCUCUACUUCUCUGGGGAGUUUUAUAGACAGGUCACAACAGGUGAGCUCUACUUCUCUGGGGAGUUUUAUAGCCAGGUCACAACAGGUGAGCUCUACUUCUCUGGGGAGUUUUAUAGCCAGGUCACAACAGGUGAGCUCUACUUCUCUGGGGAGUUUUAUAGCCAGGUCACAACAGGUGAGCUCUACUUCUCUGGGGAGUUUUAUAGCCAGGUCACAACAGGUGAGCUCUACUUCUCUGGGGAGUUUUAUAGCCAGGUCACAACAGGUGAGCUCUACUUCUCUGGGGAGUUUUAUAGCCAGGUCACAACAGGUGAGCUCUACUUCUCUGGGGAGUUUUAUAGCCAGGUCACAACAGGUGAGCUCUACUUCUCUGGGGAGUUUUAUAGCCAGGUCACAACAGGUGAGCUCUACUUCUCUGGGGAGUUUUAUAGCCAGGUCACAACAGGUGAGCUCUACUUCUCUGGGGAGUUUUAUAGCCAGGUCACAACAGGUGAGCUCUACUUCUCUGGGGAGUUUUAUAGCCAGGUCACAACAGGUGAGCUCUACUUCUCUGGGGAGUUUUAUAGCCAGGUCACAACAGGUGAGCUCUACUUCUCUGGGGAGUUUUAUAGCCAGGUCACAACAGGUGAGCUCUACUUCUCUGGGGAGUUUUAUAGCCAGGUCACAACAGGUGAGCUCUACUUCUCUGGGGAGUUUUAUAGCCAGGUCACAACAGGUGAGCUCUACUUCUCUGGGGAGUUUUAUAGCCAGGUCACAACAGGUGAGCUCUACUUCUCUGGGGAGUUUUAUAGCCAGGUCACAACAGGUGAGCUCUACUUCUCUGGGGAGUUUUAUAGCCAGGUCACAACAGGUGAGCUCUACUUCUCUGGGGAGUUUUAUAGCCAGGUCACAACAGGUGAGCUCUACUUCUCUGGGGAGUUUUAUAGCCAGGUCACAACAGGUGAGCUCUACUUCUCUGGGGAGUUUUAUAGCCAGGUCACAACAGGUGAGCUCUACUUCUCUGGGGAGUUUUAUAGCCAGGUCACAACAGGUGAGCUCUACUUCUCUGGGAAGUUUAUAGCCAGGUCACAACAGGUGAGCUCUACUUCUCUGGGGAGUUUUAUAGCCAGGUCACAACAGGUGAGCUCUACUUCUCAAGUUCAGUAAUUGAUUUGUCUUGUGGAUAGUUCAAUCUCAGGCGGAUAUAACCUGGUUGGCCUCGAUUCAGAGGCCUGAGGACUGAUGUAAACAAGCCUGAGUACUGAUGUAAACAAGCCUGAGUACUGAUGUAAACAAGCCUGACUACUGAUGUAAACAAGCCUGAGUACUUAUGUAAACAAGCCUGAGUACUGAUGUAAACAAGCCUGAGUACUGAUGUAAACAAGCCUGAGUACUGAUGUAAACAAGCCUGAGUACUGAUGUAAACAAGCCUGAGUACUGAUGUAAACAAGCCUGAGUACUGAUGUAAGCAAGCCUGAGUACUGAUGUAAGCAAGCCUGAGUACUUAUGUAAACAAGCCUGGGCUACUCAUUAUACUGACAAGGCUGCAGCCUAGGUCCCGGACUUUAGGGACGCCCUUAGAGUUUAUAAGAAACUUCAAUGAAUGUAAUUAUUUUAUGAUAGUGAGUAGGCCCCAGAAAAAUGGGGUCUGGUUCCUAAAAGAUCUGAAUCCAACCCAAGUCAAUAAGAUUAUUAAUUAUAAAUUUACCACCCCCCCCCCCCCCCCCCCCCUACUUUUUCCACAAUUCCCUGACGCAGUAGAUUAUUUAUGAUUUAUUAAGCGUUAAAAUUCCAAGCCACCCGUUAAGUCACUAUGUGAACAAGAUCGUCUCACUGUGACGGCGUUGUGUCAGGUAUCGGCAGAAUCGAUCCUGGCACAGACGCAGAGAAAGUACCGAUAGCUUCUUGUUUGUUCAUCGCUGGUCAGAAGGUGCGUGGACCUGCAGACCUGGUGGCUCUAGUAGCAUAACUUGUGUUGUUUUCUCCCCCUGCCCCCAGGGUCCUCACCAACGCACGCCCAGUUACAUGGACAGCAACAUGUAUCGUUAAAUUAUUUUUUUCCAUUUUCCGGACAUUUAAUACCCGUUUAUAAACUUGCUAUUCGACUCCUACCCUGGACACUUCUUUGACUCCGACUUUACAAGGGAAAAUCUUGUCGUCGCCCCCCCCCCCCCCUUUUUCCCAUUUUUUCCAUUUUCCUGACAUUUAAUACCCGUUUAUAAACUUGCUAUUCGACUCCUCCCCUGGACACUUCUUUGACUCCGACUUUACAAGGGAAAAUCUUGUCGUCCCCCCCCCCCCCCCUUUUUCCCUCCGGGGUCACGUGGCCUACCUACAGCCUGACAUUGAAAGUAUCGCUGGUCUGUUCACGUACCACGCUAUGAUCGAUCUCAGUCAUGAAGGAAUGUGUGUGUUUUGGUGGGGGCGGUACCAUAGGUCUAUCUGCAGUGAUUUUUAUUUAUUAUCCAACUACUGGUGUCGCGUUUGUUUCAUGCUCUGUUCUGUACAGGGUAUGUCGUGUGGAUGAGCCUAAGGUAUUCUUCCUGAUGUUCCGAGUUUUCAAGGAGUGGGUCAGCUGUUGAUUCAAUAUGAGCGUGUAAAAAUCAAUUAUUUUUGUUGUUGUUCCGUGGUGUGAAUGCUGAAGCAUCCACUUUGUAAUAGGAAUGGGCGUUUGACAAAGUGAUUGAUUCUAAUUGCCCAUCCCGUUGUUGCUCAGCCAUGGAACUUAGAUCAAAACGGAGUCCAUAACAUGGAAAGAGUUAUUGGUACUAAAUAGUACUACCCGGGCUGUGAGAGGACUUCACGUUUUUCUCGGAGUCUGAUACUAAUGUAUAUUUUACGUCGCAGCCUCGGAAUGAAACACACGUAUCUGACACAUUUCAUGGAUUCAGGAGUGUGUGUGAAGCCUUGAAAUGAAACACCAGUGUCUCACACAUUUCAUGGAGUCAGAGUGUGCGAAGCCUUGAAAUGAAACAUCAUUAUCUGAAACAUUGCACGGAGUCAGUCAGGGCUAGAUGUGCAAACCCGAGGGGGUGGGGAGUAGGGCGGAGUAAAGCAAUCAUACAUUUAAGAAAAAAAUAAAUCAAUCACUAUUUAUGAAAUGCUUUGAUCGUCGUUUAAAUAUAUCAUUUUUUUCCAUUGAAGCUACUAUUUUUUUAUUAUUUGUAAUAGAGUCCUGUAAUUAAUCUUAUAGUACAAAAAUAUGUUAUAAAUAAGGCCAAGACACUUUCUCACAUGGUAUACAGCUAAAGAAACAUGCUCUCUACAUGUACUUCAUUUGUUCAGUGUUACUCCUCAGUACGGAUUUUGUGAAUGUAAUGCUCCCAACUUAGGAGAGCAGAGUACACAAGCAGUUUUAGGUUGAUUGUGUUGGUGGUGCCUAUGACACAAGCAGUUUCAGGUUGAUUGUGUUGGUGGUGCACAUGCAGUUUCAGGUUGAUUUUGUUGGUGGUGCACAUGCAGUUUCAGGUUGAUUGUUUUGGUGGUUCCCAUGGCAAAAGCAGUUUUAGGUUGAUUGUGCCGGUGGUGCCCAUGACACAAGCAGUUUUAGGUUGAUUGUGUUGGUGGUCCCCAUGACACAAGCAGUUUCAGGUUGUUUGUGUUGGUGUUGCCCAUGACACAAGCAGUUUUAGGUUGAUUGUGUUGGUGGUACCCAUGACACAAGCAGUCUCAGGUUGAUUGUGUUGGUUGUGCCCUUGACACAAGCAGUUUCAGGUUGAUUGUGUUGGUUGUGCCCAUGGCACAUGCAGUUUCAGGUUGAUUGUUUUGGUGGUGCCCAUGGCACAAGCAGUUUCAGGUUGGUUGUGCCCAUGGCACAAGCAGUUUCAGGUUGAUUGUGUUGGUUGUGCCCAUGGCACAAGCAGUUGUCAUUGUAUGACACUGAUAAUAUGGAACAAAACCAUGUCUAAAUUAUUUUGCACUUUGAUAUGGUGUACCUCGCAUUGUGGAUUACGUGACCCUCUUUUGAACUUUUCAAGUUAGUGACAUUUUCAUUGACGUGUUUCAGUUUUUACCUGAUUUUUCUUAUAAUUUACCUCCUUUCCAGUCAAUCUAUGCUUCUAUAGGAACAUGAGCCCAUUUAUGCUAUGAGAGAGGAGUGAUCCCAUUUAUGCUAUGAGAGAGGAGUGAUCCCAUUUAUGCUAUGAGAGAGAGGAGUGAUCCCAUUUAUGCUAUGAGAGAGAGGAGUGAUCCCAUUUAUGCUAUGAGAUAGGAGUGAUCCCAUUUAUGGCGGAAUAAGAACACAUCUAAGUGCCAACUAGCAACAUUUCAAAGUGCUUUACCGCAGUGGCGUAGCUAGGGUGGGUCUCACCCGGUGGCGGAAAAUUCAUGGUGUCGCAACCCCCCCCCAACCCCAACUUCCAAGAUGGAUUAGUCAUUAUUAAAUAAGUCCACAGAAUAACUAUGACAAGAACAAAAACAAAUUAAUAAAGUUCGGGAGGUAAAUGUAUUUAAAAACAGUAUUUGAAAAUAUAUAGGAGCCAAAAUGAUUAAUGCAUUGAUCGUGGUCGUGGGCCCUCAAAAUGUGUAGGAUAGAGGAAGAAGAAGCAACAACGUUAAGUUAUAAUUUUUCUAAUUUUCUGGAAUUACAUUUCUCAUUUUCUGGAAUAAGGACAUUUUCUCAUUUGCUGGAAUUAGGACAUUUUCUGUAAGUAUAAGGACUAUUUAAAAAAAAAGGGAUUUUAAUGAUUAUUUUGGGUUAGGGAGAAAUCGGGGAGGUAAAAGUGACGUUAUCUUGAUGUAAAUGAAGGGCUCUACACCAUGAAACUAUUCUAUAUGUCUUUAUAAACAGUAUCAUUUCAUAGAGAAAAUAAUGGAGAGGGAAAAAGCAGCUUCAUACUUAAAUCUGUUUUCAUAGGGCCAACCUUACAGUUUCAUAGGGCCAACCAUAUAGUUUUAUAGGGCCAACCAUAUAGUUUUAUAGGGCCAACCAUAUAGUUUUAUAGGGCCAACCAUAUAGUUUUAUAGGGCCAACCAUAUAGUUUUAUAGGGCCAACCAUAUAGUUUUAUAGGGCCAACCAUAUAGUUUUAUAGGGCCAACCAUAUAGUUUUAUAGGGCCAACCAUAUAGUUUUAUAGGGCCAACCAUAUAGUUUUAUAGGGCCAACCUUAUAGUUUCAUAGUGCCAACCUUAUAGUUUCAUAGGGCCAACCUUACAGUUUUAUAGGGCCAACCUUAUAGUUUCAUAGGGCCAACCUUAAAAUUUUAUUUGGGCCAACUUAAGAGUUUUAUAGGGCCAACCAUAUAGUUUUAUAGGGCCAACCAUAUAGUUUUAUAGGGCCAACCAUAUAGUUUUAUAGGGCCAACCAUAUAGUUUUAUAGGGCCAACCAUAUAGUUUUAUAGGGCCAACCUUAUAGUUUCAUAGGGCCAACCAUAUAGUUUUAUAGGGCCAACCAUAUAGUUUUAUAGGGCCAACCUUAUAGUUUCAUAGGGCCAACCUUAUAGUUUCAUAGAGCACACCUUACACUUUUAUAGGGCCAACCAUAUAGUUUUAUAGGGCCAACCUUAUAGUUUUAUAGGGCCAACCUUAUAGUUUCAUAGAGCACACCUUACAGUUUUACAGGGCCAACCAUAUAGUUUUAUAGGGCCAACCUUAUAAUUUUAUUGGGCCAACCUUAUAGUUUUAUAGGGCCAACCUUAUAGUUUUAUAGGGCGAAAAGUCUAGUUUUAUAGGGCCAACUUACGAGUUUUAUAGGGCGAACAGUCUAGUUUUAUAGGGCCAACCGUAUAGUUUUAUAGGGCCUACAUAACAGUUUUAUAGGGCCAAAUUUGCUAAAAAUGUCAUUUGUGUAGAGACACAAGGUCCUAUAAUAUAAAAUUACUGCCUUCAUGGGGAAAACAAAAAACGACAUCCUUAUUAAUUGACGCAGCUGUGACAUCUCCUUGUCAUCUAGCCGUGUUGAUAUAUCAUCCUUAUAUUCGCCUUCUUUAAAACACAUAUGUCACGAUGAUUUCCAGAUAAGAAAUAACAAGAAAUUUGGGUUUCCAAUCUCUAAAAUUGUUGGAUACAUCAAACAUGCUCAAGAUGAUAUGUUAUACAUUUUAAACAUUGCUUCUUUUAGGCCGCGGUUUGCCAACCUUCCUUUUAUUUCUGGAGUGAGGAGCAGUUUUUAAAUAUUAUAUCUGCUAGGACGAUAGUUUGGUAGCUACAUGCCAGCAUAUAGAUUAGGGGAAAAAAAACACAACAGAACCGCAUCUGUCCCCGCAUGCGGCUCCUGGGUCUCGUGUUUCCAACCACUGCCCCAGGCAGUAGUCUACGAUGCAAUGCUUUGUAAUUGAGCAAACUUUGCUACCGAUUUGAAUUGUAAAUCAAUGGCCACUGACACCAAUUUUACUGGCACCAGUGGUCGACUGCCGAGGUUGUUAGGACCGAGUCACUUAAAAGCAGAUGAGAUCGCUACAUUCAUUCAUUGCUCUUAAGAAAAGAAGUUUCAUUUUGAGCAGUGUGUUCGGUGGCCAGUUUGCCAUUCAACUGCUUGUUCUCUAUUGAUCAGUUUCCCUCCCAGCUUGUAAUAGUGUUAGUAAUAGUUGGGUUUCCUUUAUGUUGACUUCGUAAUAUUCACUCAUGUGAAUAAACGGAGGCGGAUCCAGAAUGGAGUGCCUAUAUAAGGGCCAAAAGGUUGUUAAAGUGCAUUAGGUAAGAAAAAAAAAUCAGUAUCUGCAUAUAACCAGAACAUAGGCGAAGUUCAGUUUUACUGGUAGCUAGAUCUUAGGUGGGUUCUAUUUGGCAAUUAGGUUGGUUCUAUUUGGCACUUAGGUGGGUUCUAUUUGGCACUUAGGUGGGUUUUAUUUGGUACUUAGGUGGUUUCUAUUUGGCACUUAGGUGGGUUCUAUUUGGCACUUAGGUGGGUUCUAUUUGGCACUUAUGUGGGUUUUAUUUGGCACUUAGGUGGUUUCUAUUUGGCACUUUGGUGGUUUCUAUUUGGCACUUAGGUGGGUUCUAUUUUGCAUCAAAUUUGUGUUCCAUUAGGCAUCCACGAUGGGUUUUAUUAGACAUCCACGAUGUGUUUUUAUUAGGCACCCAAGAGGGGUUCUAUUUAGCACCAAGUGGGUUCUAUUUGACACCAAAGUGGUGUUCUAUUUGACACCAAAGUGGUUUUCUAUUUGGUAUCCACGUUGCGGUUUGUUUUUGAAUCCCCUCCAUAUUUUGCCAAUUAUAUAGUAAAUAAAUAUUUCAACUUCUGGUUGGAAUUAACGACAGACCGUGCUUCCAGCCAUAGUACACUCCUGGUUAAAUCGAGUUUUAAUCGAGACCGUACAAGUUCCAGUCCUACCGCCAAAUACCCCCCCCCCCCCAUUCCUUUCUCCCUUUUUUCCUACCGUCGACUCCGGCCCCGGCCCUCCUUUUGUCGUAGCUCCAAGCUCGUGCCGUAAUCCUCUCAAAUCCACGGAUAAGGAACUGAGCAGGAGUUGUAUCCACUGAAAAGGGGUUUGUUUAAAGUGGGUUGGCCUCGUGCUAACAAUCCAUUUGCCCUUUCCGACUUGUCGGCACCACACUCUCCCUUUAACUGUCACAGAGACUGUCCCAUUGAGUGUCGCUUUCCUGGUGGGCUCCAGUGGGCUAGUUCUUUUGUGUGUCCAAGAAUUACGGAAAACAGAUAUUGCUGCUAGUGACAGCGGCGGAUCCGGUCCAAUGGAUACUGUUGGGCUUGACAGUGGCUGAGGGUUGACACCUUGUCUACAAAUUAUUUGAACUAUAGAUGUCGCAAUUCAGUUUGGUUUACUUGGAAGGCUCAUUGUAACUUAAUAAAAACAGUCCAACCGAUGAACACGGUCCUUCGUGAGUCUGGUUGAUAGAUUAGUUUAAGUUUGGUUGAAAAAUCUCACCAAAAUAAAGCGAUCUUACGCCGUCAUAAGUGACUGAAUGUAAACGGUCCUUUAUGAAACUGAAUAGAAACAAGGAGGUCAGAUCAUUGACUUUAAAUGUCAAAUGUGAUGCGUACACAUUUAAAGCAACACCAUUUCAAACAUGACAUUUCCCGAUGUUAGAAAGUCAGGGUUUCACUCUAAACUGCCGUGUUAAAACCAACAAACAAACUACGCCAUUAAAUAAGUAUAUUAAGUAUGUGUCUCUAAUCAAACUAUUAACACGAUUUGAAGAGAUGGGUGUGUUAUUUUGUGGGUAUGAUUAUCAUAAUCAACUGACGACCCCUGUGUGUAAAUGUGUAAACAUGUACUCAUGAAUGGGAUAAAAUAGGUCAUACCAAUCGACUCAAUAUGUGAUAUCUUUAGCUCAAUUAUGUCAUACAAAAAGAUUAACCUUAUCAUACCAACAGAUUGACGAUGUAAUACCAAUAGAUGAAAUACAUAUAGGCUUUGUCAUUUCUCAGACCGGAAAACGUCAUAGCGUACUAUUUUUAGAAGGUCGGCGGACAAAUAUUGCUUAAAACAUGGCAGCUUAUAGUGUGUUCAGCAUAGCGUUCGGACGAUCCUUGUAUCUAGAGUUACUGUUACAUAUGCCGUUCGCGCAAUGAAUUCCGAUUUCAGAAAAUAGAAGUAAAAAAAAAAAAUGUGUAAAAUAUUUCGUAAAACAAAGUUGUAAACAAGUUUCAUGGAAACUUCGCUAACAUAGUAAUACUGAACAGUGUUGACAUCCCUCAUUACCAAUAUAUUAUUUAUGUUGUUACGUACCGCUAUAAUGUAGAGAAUUUAAUCUCUUAUUUUACUCUACUGUGACAAACCGUACAUAACAAAGGACGCUACCAUUAGUUAAAUACAGGUAAAAAGAACGAUGCGCAGACUAGGGCUAAUUACUACAAAUUAUUUAUUUAUUAAGUUAAUUUAAAAUAACAAGAUCAAAUAGAAUAAAACUAAAGCUAUUCACUUACAGUACAGCAAUGAACUGGUACAGGUACAAAGUUGAAAAAGGUGCACACACAUGCAGUAAAUAUUAAUAUACAAAUUUACGAUCAGUACAGAACUCUCUCUUUGUCUCGCAUCGUAAUAGCAAUCUCUCUAGCUCCAUUUGUAUCCGCUUAUUUAUAGUCUUUCAUGGAGACUUUUCCAUAAAGGGGUUCAGCAUUGUUUCUGUACCUCGACCUGUCUCGUAAUUUCUAAACAAUUUUAAUUCGAAAGACUAUAAACUUUGUUUACAUGUAGUCAAGGUCAAGGGAGACAAUUUAUAAUGCAGCCACACCCAUUGUCGCCGAACUUGGGGUCACCCAGAGUUCAUGCACGAGUUUCACGGCGUUAAAAAAAAAGACGUCAUAAAAAUGUCAUACCAACAGAUUGAACAUGUCAUACCAAUAGAUUAACCAUGUCACAACAAUAGAUUAACCAUGUGAUACCAAUAGUUAAACCAUGUCGUACCAAUAGAUUAACUAAGCCAUAUCAAUAGACUAACUAUGUCAUACCAAUCGAUUAACAUGAUGCUGUCUUCAGCAAACAUUGGCUUGCACGAGUUGGGGUGCGGGCGCAAGCACGCGAUGAGCUCUAUUCCUAGGCAGUGUAAGGUCGCUGAUGGAUUGCAGCAUGCCUGUCCAAUCCUUCGCAAGCAAGACCGCAUUGGAAAAGUUGGGCCGAAUCCAGAAUUAGGCUCUGAGAUUCAUUUGUGGCGCAUUCAGGACCACAACCACAGCUGCUGUAGAAGUCUUAGUCAAUGUAGAACCGUUAGAUAUAAGGAGAGAAAAGGCAAAUAUUAAUUACCGUAGAGAGGUACCGAUGGCUAAACGAGAAGGAGCCGUCGUUCCAAAUGCAGAAUAACUGGGUGGCGGGCAGACGACUAAAGAGGUCCUCUUUCAUGCGUCAUGUCGUGGAGAUUGAGAGGACAGUCAAUCUGUCGCGCAAUAGAGAACGUCUGACCCUAAUCCCAGUCUAUCCGCCAUACGCGGAACCCUCACGUCCCUCCAUACAUUUGGCCUUGACCGAUGCAGCAGUGACGCAGCCCUGAACAUGUUGAGAAAGCGGCUGCCCUUGAGACCAUUGCCCCGUAUUCCAAUAUACCAGUGAAAGUGUUCACGGACGGCUCUGCCAAUCUAAGAAAAAGAACUGCUGGGAAUUGUCGCUCAUACAGUAUCUAGUAGGGGGACCACCCAAUGAAGAACUCUCGGGGCCCUGUGGGACUGCAGCAUCAAACAUUGAUGCGAAGCUUGAGGCUAUACACAGGGCCUUGGAGAGCGUAUCACACGAUGAAAGGGACGGAGCUUGCCGGGCUCGUUGUGAUCGUCUACUCAGACUCAAGAUCUGCUCUCGAGAUCUUGGGAAAGAGAUCAGGUACCACUCACCUAGUUGAUGACAUCAUUGAUGACGUGUGCAAAAUCGGUAAAAUAUGAGGCAACAUGACAGUGCAAUGGAUCUCUGGUCACGUCAGUGGCAAUGAGAAAGCGGACACUUUGGCGUAAACCGGGGCUGCCCAGCCUUAGUCAAUUUUGCCCACUCCUAUCAAACAAGACCCAUAGUGGGGGUUAGGCCGUAGACAUCAGAAUUUAGAUGCAGAUGCGCACCGAGCACUGCCCCAUAGGCACAUACUUCUGGCGGCUUGACAACAACAGGGAUCCUACCUGUCGGCAUUGCAGCCUGGUCCCGGAGACACUAGCGCACCUGUUUGCCGAAUGUCCUUCACUAGAUGUCCCGGGGGAGGCCAGGGCGGAUGGAGAGUCCUGCGUGAGGACAAUGUUGUUAUGGCUCAGCCCAGCAGAUGGAGCUGGUAGCAAAUAUACUAGCCGGGGUCAUAAGAGUAAUCUCAGUCCUUCACCAGAAUAUGUGUGUUACUUAGAUAAUGUCUUCAGCAAACUAAGAUUAUUAGUGAUGCGCUGAAGUCACGGAAUAUAUCUUUAUGUGUCGAGUGUUGUUGGGGGAGGGGGAGGUGGGGGGGGGGGGGAGUAAAGAUGCACUUGGCUGGCAAAACUCUUGUUCGUUUCAUCAAAAUAAUGCCUACCCUAAUGUCAUACUAUUUGUUUAAUAUAACAGUUAUGGCGUAUCCUAUAGUGGCUUCGUGUAAUGCUACCGAUCCGAUAGUGUUUGUGGGGUGUGCUUUCCUUGUAAUGACCAUCAUUUGGGUGGUGUCUGACGUUUGUGUAAGUUGUUAGUAUUUCUUUCACUCCAACGGUGUCUUGUUUGAUAUCAUGAUAAGGCAUACCAAUCGGAUGGUGUCUUGUUUGGUGCCAUUGUAAGGAAUACCACUUGCAGGGUUUUGAUUUUGUAUGUCAUUGUGAGGAGUACCAAUCAGAUGGUAUCUGCUGUCCUCGUAUCUACUAUAGUGUAUGAGACACCUAGGCUCUAAUCAUAGAUAGCCGCUAGAGUCCUGUAAUAACUAUAGAAAAGUGUUUAAAACUGUGUCUUAUACCGAGGAAAAUCACCUGGUUCCGAUUGAUUUGUUAAAGUCUGUGGUUGCUUGUCUUGAACUGUCUGUCUGCCUUUCUGUCUGUCACUUGAGGACACUUGUAUCGUUCAAUGCGCGGCUCUUAUCUGGCCAGUGAAAACGUCUACAGCACCUUGAGCGUGGUUUAGGAAUGUGGGAGCUCCGAGCUGUAAGUGUAAGUCCCCUGUGCCUCUAUGUCGAUAUUGAUACUAGGGCCUCAAGCUCUGAGCUGUAAGUCCCCUGUGCCUCUAUGUCAAUAUAGACACUAUGGCUUCGAGCUCUGAGCUGUAAGCCCCCUGUGCCUCUAUGUCGAUAUUGAUACUAGGGCCUCAAGCUCUGAGCUGUAAGUCCCCUUUGCCUCUAUGUCAGUAUAGAUAUUAGGGCCUCGAGCUCUGAGCUGUAAGUCCCCUGUGCCUCUAUGUCAAUAUAGAUACUAGGGCUUCGAGCUCUGAGCUGUAAGUCCCCUGUGCCUCUAUGUCAAUAUAGACACUAUGGCUUCGAGCUCUGAGCUGUAAGCCCCCUGUGCCUCUAUGUCGAUAUUGAUACUAGGGCCUCUCGAGCUCUGAGCUGUAACCCCCUGUGCCUCUAUGUCAAUAUAGAUACUAGGGCCUCGAGUUCUGAGCUGUAAGCCCCUGUGCCUCUAUAUCGACAUUGAUACUAGGGUCUUGCAUAAUUUUUGCUCUUUGUUAAAAUAAUGACCUGACCUAUUUUAAGAUUUCAAAGGGAAAUAAAAAGUUACGUUCAUUCUUAAAUUACUAUUUAUUUCCCUUUGACUUUAUGACUGUACUUUCUCAUGUUAAGAACCAGUGUUUCUCUGACACGUUCACAUAUUACAUAACUAACAAGAUCUGCUUCGCUUAUUUACUUGCGUUAAUAUUUUAUCUAUAUUUUUUCUCAUUCAAAAAUCCCCUUUUUACUUAUGUCUUUUACCUUCAUUUCGGUUCUGUGCUUUCCUUUCCAGUUGUUUCCAGGUGUAUCCCAUACUUGGUGUGUCUGCCUCUAGCUUGCCCGUGGCCGUGUAUUCUUUGGCCUUCCUCUCUGCGUUUUUCUUUGUGGAUUUCAUGUUAGGGAUUUUCUGGUGAUUGUUAUCUGGGGGUUUACGAAGAGUUUGCCCUGUCCACCUCCAUCUUUUCUUAUAUGAUGUCUUCAGCAAUGGGCUCUUCGUAUAUCCUUUCCAAUAGGUCUUUGUUGGUGAUGAUGUUUGGCCCUUUUAUGUUCAGGAUCUUUCUAAGUUAAGUGUUUGUGAAGGUCUGUACUUACUGCAUUAUGCUCGCCAUCGCUCUCCAAGUUGUGGCUCCAUAGAGUAGGACUGUUUUGAUAUUUGCGAUGAAAUUUCUCACUUAAGUUUGCAUAGUCAGCACCUUUGACUCCCAUAUUUUCUUUAAAAGCACCAAUACUGCCUUAGCCUUUCCAGUUCUAGCACUGAUAACAACGUCAGAUCCACCAUUUAUCUCAAAUGCUCUGUUAAUUUAUGUGAACUCCUCUACUUCUUCCAGUGCAUUUCCCGCUAAGGCAGCGGUUCUCAACCUUUGGAAGGGUGGGGGUCGAACGACACUUUCACAGGGGUCGCCUAGGACGAUUGGACGGGAAAACACAAUUUUUUAAUUAAUUUUUUUAAAAUUAUUUUUUUUUGUAUAUGUACAGUGCGGUGAGCCCAGCGCUUGGGUAAUAAUAAUAAUAAUAAGUGGUCUUAUAUAGCGCGGUACCCCAGCCUAGGGCUGGGUACCGGGUUAUAUAAAACCACUAAUAAUAAUAAUAAUAUAUCCUCCAGUUAUGAAAUAGCAACGAAAAUAAUUUUGUGGUUGGGGGGUGCCAUAGCAUGAGAAAAUAUAUUAAAGGGUCGAGGAUUAGAACGGUUGAGAACCACUGCGCUAAGGAGAUAUGCUCUUGGUUAGCUGAGUUUACCUUUAUCAUCUUUGUCUUGCUUUUAUUUAUGUUGAAUCUGAAGUGGGCAGAAAUGGCGUCAACAUCUUUUGUCUCUCCUGCAUCUGUUGGUUGUGGGACAGAACUGCAAAGUCUAUGUGAUUCAUUUGUUCCCGGGAUGUCCACUGUAUCCUGUUCCUCAUUUUGUCUGUGAAUUCUUUCAUUAUCUAUGGCAAGGAUAAAAAGGAAGGGGGGCAAGAGACAUCCUUGACUGACUCCUGUUUCCACUUUCAAGGCAUCUAAACUAGAUGCUCUUAUGGCUUCAGCUAGUGCUUUGGGUACUGGCUGGCCGAGCGGGCUAAACUGAGUCAAUCCAAAAGUAUGGAGUUCAAUCCACACGAAAGCCUAGAUGCAAAAUCAUCCCCAGCACCCCGGGUGGAUGGGACUCGUUACCUUUGGACUGCAACUCAUCUAAGAGAAGGCAAACUCUGAAUUCUCACCUUGGAAUGGAGUCCUGUAGGCAGAUAACAUUGACACAAUGAAAAUUCCGGCAACUCCUGUGAUGCUACUGAUGCCGAGCAGUAUCAUCCACAUAUGAUGUUCCCUUUGGUUAUCCAUGUGCGUGGAGAGAGGCGAUUUGCUGUCUAGGGAACCAGCUUACCCUCCUGAAGAAAAAUCGCAGGCCUUGUGAUAUCAUCCUGCAAAGUUUACACCAUCGUCACAUUGUGACGAAUGGAUGCCAUAGUACUUUGGCAAAGAGCUAUGUCUGUUUGUCUUUAGUCAUACUUCACAUCUGCCUUCAGCUCAGUUUGGUUCAAUUGUUUCUGGAACCUGGGUGCAAUUCCAGCAGUUUUGGAUCCCUGCUGUUGUCUUGCCAGUUAAAAUAGGAUCCAACAGGGUCAGUGGAUCGGUUACAUGUGAAUCUCCCUCUUGAUUGUCUCGCUUUUUCUCUUGCUUUGCCAGAGCUUCUUCAUCAUCCAUCCGUUUGGUUUUCACAAAAUAAGUCAAACAUUCAUUUAACUCUAUACAUUUUUUACAUGCAGUACAAAGUUCUCUUUUACCACAGACAUAUUAUAUGUAAUUUUAUAAAUGAGUUUCUCACUGGUUCUCUAUUGAAAAAGGAUGUGGCUAUUCGGACCCGGGUCCCUGUAGACAAAAUAGCUAUUCGGACAUGGAGUGGUUCCAUAUAGAUUAAAUGGCUUCGGACCCGGGUGCAGUAGUAGUAUGAUAAUUUUUUUUAAAAAUUAUUUUUUUUCUCAUUGUUAUUUCAUAGAUUCAUAGUUUUAGUCUGUUUAGUUUUUUUUCUUUUUGCUUUGUUAAAGUUCUUAGUAGUUUUUUUUCUUUCUAAUUUUCUUUAAUUUUUACCCAUGUUCGUAGAUCAAGUUUUUUAUUUAUAACUAGUAAUCAAGAUAAAAAGAGAUACAUUUAUUUUCAUUAGAGUUUUAGAAAAGUAGUGAUAUCAAUGUAUAAAUUAAGAUUAAAUCCUUCAUUAUUUUAGAUUUAUCUGUAUUAUUUAAGUUAAAAGUGAAAUAUUUUUAAUUACUUUAUGGAAUAAUUAGUACGCUAUAUGAAAAUUUCAUUCAAAAUGAAAUUAAAUUCAACUAUUCCUCUAAAGAGAGCUUGGCUUAAUCAGAACAAAACCUCACCUUUUCGCUGGCAUUGGUAGUAAUACACCUGAACACCAACUGUUUUUCCUGAUAACUCAUUCGUAACUCAAAUCUCCUCUCAAUAAUCUUUCUCAUACUUGACUUAGUUCACAAGAUAGUUGGAAUGAACAUCUUGGAGGAUGCAAUGGCAUAAAGCUUUAGAAAUAGACUUAUUAUUUUGAAGGGCUAGUCCUUUUUUUCAACCAUACCUGGCUACUGGGUAUAAAACGCGGGCACAUGAUUAAAAAUUCAAUAAUAAAAAAAAAAACUUAAGUGAAAGUGCCUGGUUAACAUUUUUGUUUAGUUUUUUAUUUGAGUAUGUGUACCAGCAAUCCAUAAAAUAAAAAUACUUUAGGGGCCAGUAUGGAGUGGGCAACCAAUAAAAGUAAAAGAUUUCAAUUAAAAUUGUUUAAAUUGCUACAAAAUAUUUAAAAACUUCUUAUGAAACUACUGUUGCAAAUCAACAUGAUGAUAUGAUAUAAUAUACAAUUUUUUAAAUUAAAAUGGGGAAAAAAAAUCAAUCCCAUACUGGGAAUUGAUCUCAAAACAUGUGGUCUUAUGUUUUGAGAUCAAUUCCACAAGAUCUUCAUUAUCAGCCAUAUCUUAAAACCAGGCCAAUGGGACAUUUUUGCUGCCGCGUAACCGUCUCAUGAUCAAGGGAAAAUCGACCCCCACGUGAUCAGUCGGGUCCCAAUAGCGAUUUUGGCUAACGUGACCCGGGUCCGAAUAGCCACUUCGAUUGAAAAACAUGGCAUUGCUAUGGUUUUCAUUUGGAUUUGUUAAAUUUAUAAAUUGAUGCCGCUGGUUAGAGCAUUUAGGCCAGAGGUGGGCAACCUUUUUGUGCACAGAGCGCAAUGGAAAUUAUGUGCUCCUUGGUGAGACGAAUGCUAUUAAACAUUGAAGAUCAGCUUCAAAAAUUUAUUCCAAAUUUAUUCAUUUGCAAAUAUGUAGUGGAAUAUUAAAAAAAAAAUUUCUGUGACUUUUAUUAUUAGUUUUGAUGAUUUAAAACUUUUUGAUUAUUAAUUUUAAACUGGUUUGACUAAAUAAUCAAUCACUAUUUGUAUAUUUUACGAAAACAUCAAUGCCGUUUUCGGAAGGUCUUUCAGGCUUUAUUUAACAUUUCAGUGGUCCCAUGUGGCCUGCGGACUGCAAGUUGCCCACACCUAAUGUAGGCCAUAGUUUGGCCGGCAUACCAGGUCUAAGGAAUUAAAAUUUAUUUCAUAAUUGUUUUGUAGAUAUGGUUUUAUUGUAAUACUUGUAACUUUUGAAUUGACAGUGAGGUAGCAGAAAACAAAGAAUUCAUUCUGCACAGCAAUCACUGAGGGCUCUCCUGAGUGAGUUGUUUUGUCAGUCAAGGUUAUGGACAUGGCUGAUACCAGCACCCUCUUGUCCACCAGGUACAUGGACUACCCUACCACUAAGCCAUUCAUCAAUACAGAUUUCAAACGAGAGGACAGACCAGUUAAUGCAUAUCCUACGAGUGACAGAGAUGGUAAGUUUUUCAGAAUGACCAAGUCUGGCAUAACUUUUCCCAACUCAUGUGUCUUCAUGCAUUUAGUCCUGUCCAAUAACUUGAGAUUCUUGUAUGUGAUAUUGAGACCAUUACAAAAACCUCAUGUCUGUCCCCACUCUAUUAACUAGUCCCAAGGGUGAUUAAGAAGCAGCUUUCAUUUGCAUUUUGAGAGCUUUCCAUCAUAUCUGUAGAAUGAAUUUCCAUCAUAUCUGUAGUAUUGCUUUCCAUCAGAUCUGUAGAAUGGAUUUCCAUCUUAUCUGUAUUACAGCUUUCCAUCAUAUCUGUAGAAUGCUUUCAUUCAUCUCUUCAGAAUAGCUUUUCCAGCAUAUCUGUAGAAAUGUUUAUUAUCCAUAGAUUCAUGAGGGUGACUGUGUCAUGAAAGCAUUGAAUAACAUUGCAUUUUAGGUUAGUUAUAUAAUGAUGCUCCUCUCCACCAAUUCAUUUCUAAUGUUCUACCACAGUAUCCAGCAAAAGUGUACAAAAUCAUUUUUUUUUUUUUACAAAAUUCAUUAUUGUUGUUAAGAAAGAAAAAAAUGUCAACUCUUCAAUGUAUCUUGACCUUUAAAAAUAAAACAUAUAACUUAUUGCUCAGCUUUAAAAAAUUAUUUUUUGGGUUCAAAAUAUUUUAUCCGUCUUAUUCCAGCUGUGAUUGCAGCACUACGAACUCUCCAGGGUAAGAUGAACAAACUGGAGAUUGACAGGCGGAUUGCAGAGCAAAGCUUGCACUCGCUGGCAUCAGAGACAGAGAAGUAUAAGGAACACCUGACCAGCGGGAGCAAACAAUCUGGUGCAAACAAGGCAACUAUACCCAGCACUCAAGUUUCAGGUGUGGAGUCACUCACUGACCAUCAAGCUAAGGGUAAAUACUCUGAUACGUCUUAUUCACUCACUGACCACCAAGCUAAGGGUAAAUACUCUGAUAAGUCUGUUGGCUAAAGUAGUAAUCAGAAAUGAGUUUACUUACUUUUGUUAGUACUAGUGAAGUAAGUUUUGAACAAUGAACCUUUGUUUGAAGUUUAACUUUGUUCAUGGUGUGUCUAUAGGCAGUAGUAUAAAUAUUUCUUGAAUGGCAGGAGCUGACACAAAUAAUUUAAUCUUAGUUACUAGAUAUUUCUGUGCACUUUUUCAACUUUUUUCUGCACAAUAUGUUCAUUUUGUAACUUUGUAAAUGUUGGCAAGUCCCUGGUACUUAAGGAUUCAUGAUCAAAUAACAGUGUAGAUGCAUGAAACAUUUGGUUAGCUAACACAAAGAUUAAACAGGAAAUUGUCUAUAUAAGAUGUAGUUGUCAAACAAAAGUACUCAGCUUGUCAUCUUGUUCAAACACUUGCGGGAAAUUCUACAAGACUACGCACAUAUCUUUUAUCUGAAAGUUCAUAUACGUGUCAUGAAAUUCUUGCAACAGUGCUAAUGUGGCCCCUCUAGGAAUUGAACAUGUCUUUGUCUGCAUCCCAAAACUUUACAUUUGUUGAUUAAGAUUAUGGAACAAUUUUGAAAAUUAGCUGUCUUUGAUGUUAAUUAAAAGUAAUUGGAAAUAAUAAUGAAACUUUAAGCUUUUAAGCGGCUGCAAGCAUUUUUGUGUGAGGAGCCAUUUUUAUACAUUUUAUCUUAAUAAAAAAAAAGUGCUUCAUCUAUUCUUACCAGAGCUGUGGAUUGCUGACAACACUUCUAGUCUCAUAGUUUUAAAAAUAAAUAUUUCAAUAUUAAUUCAAAAUUUUUGAUCGGCGAAUUCAAUACAUAAUAUUCAUGAGAAUGCCAAAAAAAACCCAACCCAAGUCAUGCCAUAUUUUGACAGAUCUCAAGUUAUUUAAAAUUUUGUUGACAGUUCUUAAGGACCAGCUAAAAGCAACUGAAAAUCGCUGUCAGCAGUUGGGUAAACAGCUGGAGUACAUGCAUGAAAUAGCCAAGCACUCGCAACGAAAUAGCUGGGAGCUGAAGGAGAAAACAGCCAGGGCUCGUCAGGAGCGAGAAGCAGCCGGCUCCGAUAACAAACUUCACCUCGAUCGUCUUAACGAGCUGGAGAGAGAUCAGGCAAAGCUGAUGGCAACGCAGAGCUUAGCUGAGGUCAGAUAUUCAGAUUAAAGUAUUUCAGUUGGAAUGAUAACUAUUGCACACAGGCCUUGUAAAUGGGCUGUCACAUCAUAGAUUAAAAAGUCUCAUGAAAUAUCCCAUGAAUGAUAUAAAAUAAAUACAAAUAUAUUUAUAUUUCAUAUCAAAGUUACCUGUGCCAAGUUUACCUGAAGGCAAGCAGUCCCAAUAGAAAGUUUAAAUUUUCUUAACCAUAUCUUAAUUUGUGCAUUCAAAACAAAUUCAACUUUUACGAAUUGUAUUUCUAUCCUACCUUAAAGGUUUCCUUGUAUAAAAGACUUAGUCGUUAAGACUGAUGCCCAAUAUAGGUGUAACAGUGUUGUUUUAAAAGUAUAACAAGCUUUUGAUAAAGUUAUAGAAAUCUUUAAAACUUAUUAUCAGACUACAACAGAGUUCCUUAAUGCUUGAAUCUUUAAAGAGAUUAUUUACUACCCAUCCCCAUGCAAAUUAAAUCAAUUCAUUACUUUGACAUGAAAAGAAACCAUCCCAUCCCUGCCCUUGCACACUGUACCAUAGAGCAGAUUACAGUUCUACAUUAAUGUAGACAUUAUUUGAUUUCUCCUUAUGCCGGAAGUCAUGGUAUUACUAACAGUAUGGGGAACGUGGUCAUGGGAGUCAGUUGAUUUAGUUGCAUGGAAGAGAUGAAACUAAUGUUUUGCUAGAAAGGCCUGAAGGUAUCUGUAAUAUUGAACUGGGAAAAUGUUUAUCAUAUUUUUAAAAUUCCUUUGCUUCAUCAGAGAUUAACCUGGGCAUCGGAACACCCUGAGGUAUUGGGAAACAUCUUUUUUGUUAGAUUUAUAUGAACUUUCCUAGCCCUCUCCUAUUACUAACAAACUUUUCAACAGAAGUAACUGUUAUUUAUGGAAACAGGUCAGAAGUUUUCCUAUUGCUUAAAUUAAGAGUAGAUAUAUUUGCUUUUACAUGUCGAAACUCAUUAACCUAAAUGCUUGCUGACUGAGCUGUUUUACUCAUUACCCUUUCAAGUAAUCUUUAACCUUAUUCUCGCUAUCAUUUAUUGCUUGAAUUUUUAAACAUCUAACCAGUUCAUCUAACAUUUCAUGACAAGUGAAAGAAAAUGCUCAAAAUCUUUGAAAUAUAAGAACAAGGUACGUUAAAAUUGAAUUCAUAGACAAAAGAUUUUUUGACGUGUCGCCUUAGAGCCUUCAUCUGAUGAACGCUCGAAGCUGAAACCUCAAAAUCUUUUGUCCUGUUUAUGAAUUCAAGUUUAGCAUAGCUUGUUCUUAUAUUUCACUUACACAACUUGAAUGCAGUCCAUCAAUUAUUAUCAAAAUCUUUGCUUGUGCUACCAUCUUAUAAUCAAAGCUUCCAAGAAGAAUUAGAGGAUGUUUCCGGAGAAAAUAACCAAACUUCCAAUACAUCUAACCUAAUUAAAACAAUAUUCUAAAACUAUCUACGCUUUUGGAUCCCCUUAAGCGCUACUUGUAUUGUAUUUUAAAAAUUCUUUUAGCAUGGUUUUUCUUAAUCUUUGAACUAAAUAGUUCAAAGAAAGGGAAUUUAUGUAUUCUUUACUAACAACCAUUGGCUACUAUACUGAACUGUAAAACAAAUUUGUGCUGCUGUUUAAUCACUUAAUAGAGAUCAUUGUUUCAUUUUAAUAAAAUGCAUUUAAAAAACAAUUAUUAAGACAUUAUGUAUAAAAUAUAAUUUUUAGUUUGGUCUGGAGGGUGGGGGGCAUAAGCAAAUAAAUAAACAUAGGACAUUAAAAAAUUAAAGAUUAAAUUAUUAUAAUAUAUGUCAAAGCCAUAGAUAAUUUAGCUGUAUGAAUGUCAUUCAAAUCAUUUGAACUAUCAAAUAACAAAAUAAAUGAUAUUCUCCAAUCUUAUUGUUUUACAAUGGCUGACCUUAUUUUCAGAAAUUAUUUCACUUGAACACCGCCUCGGGCUAGAGCUUCUCGUUUAGUUAUUAUCUUUUGUCUCAUCUCAUUCAUAGGCUCUACCUGGCCUAAACAAGCUUCUGUCUAACAGAUUUGUAUCUUGAAUACUUUGUUGUUUGCAUUUUCAGACCAAAAUUAGAGAGUUGGAAAACAGAAUGAAAGAAGAAAAAUCUCAUAGGAAAACUUUACAAGAGAAAACUGCUCAGGUUAACAGAAAUUUUAUUAUUAACAGCCCUACGCUAUUGUUCUUGCUAAAAAUAGUACUUAUCCAACCACAGAACUAUAGAUGAGUUGUAGACAUGCAGUUAAGUUGAUAGUAAAACAAACAGAAUAUAGUUGUAGACAUGUAGUUAAGUUGAUAGUAAAACAAAAGAAUUAUAGUUGUAGACAUGCAGUUAAGUUGAUAGUAAAACAAACAGAAUAUAGUUGUAGACAUGUAGUUAAGUUGAUAGUAAAACAAACAGAAUAUAGUUGUAGACAUGCAGUUAAGUUGAUAGUAAAACAAACAGAAUAUAGUUGUAGACAUGCAGUUAAGUUGAUAGUAAAACAAACAGAAUAUAGUUGUAGACAUAUAGUUAAGUUGAUAGUAAAACAAACAGAAUAUAGUUGUAGACAUGCAGUUAAGUUGAUAGUAAAACAAACAGAAUAUAGUUGUAGACAUGCAGUUAAGUUGAUAGUAAAACAAACAGAAUAUAGUUGUAGACAUGCAGUUAAGUUGAUAGUGGUGAACUUUUAACUCUACCCAUCUAGAAUUGAAUGCUGAUUUAAAGUUUCUCUAAAAUUCUUUAAGAAUUGUUUAUCAUUGUGUCCAAAGGUCAUUUCUGACCAAAAUUUGAUGAAAGCAUCAAAAGCAUUUUGGAAGAAAAAAAACAAACAGUUAUGUUAUAUAUAAUGUAAGUAUACAAUGUGGCCACUUAGUUUUCCCUGUUACUAUCAAAUUAACAUCCAAAUAUGCUCUUGCAGCUUGAAACUGUUACAGCUCGAAGCACCAAGAUUGCUUCAGACAGCCAAAAGCCACCAAUAAGAUCAUACUCAGCUCCUGCUAGAGUUCAGGAGUCUCAGAUUCUAAGAGCUAAAAAGACCACCAGGAAAAAAAAGAAAAAACUUGUUCCAGCCAAACACUCUGUGAGCUCGACUAAAGUGGAACCCAGAAGACAUUAUCAUCUGAAUUUGAAUGAGAUUCCUUUUGUAGCAGGGAAGGUAAUAAUUUUGUGAGAACAUAUUCUGCACAAAGUGACAUUUUAAUGCAUUCUUAUUUCUGCCAGUAGCCGACUCAGUGCCUAGCACAUAUAUAACAUUUACAAGGUCCUCAAUAUUUGGUCAUGAAGUCAUCAAUCUUAAAAAUAAGUUUAAAGAUUAAAAUUACUAGGUCCGUCGGAAAUUUUACACAAGGGUCCACAUUUUUUUAUGUUUUGUCUAAAUCUGAAUUUUGAUUUUAUAUAUAUCACAAUAAAAACCAUUUAAUGUGAAAUUAUUAAUUUUCAUAAUCUGUUCACUUAAAUAUUCAAUAUGCAUGAUCCAAUGACCUUCAGUUUUUAUUGUAUGACAUCUUGACCUGUGUGUUGUUAAUAAUGUCUCUUUCAGUUCAUUAAGAUGAGUUAACCUAGAAUUUAAUUUUUCAAAUUUAAUUUUUGGUGACAAAGUGACUUCAUGGCAAAACUCAACACUAUUGAUAACCUGUUAUUCCACAGGGCCCAGCCACUCCCUCGGUGCUAACUUUGAUAACCUCUCAGUCCACAGGGCCCAGCCACUCCCUCGGUGCUAACUUUCAGAAAGUGCUUUCAAUGUUGAAGUCUCACAACAACAUUUUGUGUUCUAACUCUGCCAACAUCAAUGGUUGCCGGACAGAGAGCCCCAGCUCCACGGGAUCAAGUGUGACCAGCAUAGACCAGGAUCUCGGUGACUUAUUGGUCCAGCUCCAGGAUGAAUUAGGGCAUUUAAACACGUAAGGAAUGGUUGGAAGAAAACACUAAGAUAUUGUGUUCUCACCUCAACUGAAUUCUCUCAAAUGGAGAAUUUAUCUAACUCUUCCACCUUAAUUUUCCCUUUCAAUCUAUUUAUGAAAGUUGAAGGCAGUUAAUUGUGCUGUUUAUUACAACUAAUGUUGGUUGUUUUGUGAAGUCUUUCUAACCAGUCUUUUAUAUAACGGAAGUAACUGUAGUACCGCCGCUUGAUAUCAUCAGUGAGAUGUUUCUAUGAGAAAAGUUAUCUAUUGGAUGUGUCGAUCUACUUAAUAACUCCAUACAAUAUUAGUAAGAUGAGAUUCUUUCUUUAUUAAUUCCCCAAAUUUCUCUCCAGUCCUGCCUGUAAAAGGGUUGUUCAUCUUUAAGGAGUAGACAGACUUCUAACAUGGAUAUAUUGUUGAACUUAGUUGAGAAGUAGAAAUUCUUAAUCAUGGAUAUAUUGUUGAACUUAGUUGAGAAGUAGAAAUUCUUAAUCAUGGAUAUAUUGUUGAACUUAGUUGAGAAGUAGAAAGACUUCUAUGUUGGAUAUAUUGUUGAACUUAGUUGUGAAGUAGAAAGACUUCUUAUAUGGAUAUAUUGUUGAACUUAGUUUGAUAAGUAGAAAAAAAAUGAAUGAGUUAUAUCCCAUGACAUCCACAGUGAGCACCACCGUGUCCUUGACCAGAUGCACUAUGCCAGGGAUAUGCAAAUCAGAGAAGAUCUAGAACAGGAGCUUGACAGUCUGGUGGCCAAGAUGGCAGCCAAAAGUCAACAGAUCUCAAUGAUAAGACAGCAUCAACAGAAGGUAUACGCUUGUAUUUGUUCACGGGUUAGAUUCUCAUAGGCAUUUUGUACUUCUUUAUUUCUGCAGAGGUGAUUGUGUCAAAAAUAAUGUUUUCACUAUAGACAAUGGCGGCUUACUUCCUCCAUUAAUUUAUUCAGUUUUUUUCAAUGAAAAGUAAAUUUCUCCUUUCCCUACAUUUUCUUUUACCUUGAGAUAGAGCUAAAGAAGAAAAGUUGAAUGUAAUGAAGAUUAUUCAUUGACAAUAAAUCUGGUGUCUAGGGUAGUAGGGUGGUCUCAGGCUAUGGAUAAUGGCAGUUUGGAAUGAACUCAAAGGAGCUACGAGAAAGGUGUUUUUGGGGAGGAUGUAAAAACCCCAUACUGCAGAAGUCAAAGAGAGUAGCCAACUUGGUGUGCGUUUAAAAAACAGCAACAAAAAACCUGUAUUUACCAUUACGGGGACUGAAAUAAAUCCGGAAAUGACAGGAAAACAUUUUUUGCUAAAUAUUUUUUAUAACUUUUAGGACAUUGUCCAAAAAAUGAAUCCAGCAUCCUCAAGAUUAAACGACAAGCCCCGGCGGCCCCAUGUGCCAGGGAGCUGUCCAUUAGUCACUUAUGGUCAUCACCACCAUCAUGUUAGCAACAAAAACAACCACGCACAUCCCAAGAUUCUAAGCAGUCAGAAACCUGAAGGAAGCACAGGGCCAGGCAAUGCGGCCCUACACAUGCUCAAGGAAAUGAAAAGGUUACAGACCACAUUAAGGAAAGAUGACCUGAGCUGGGACUGACCACCUUGACCUCUCCACAUUUCUAUACUCAUUUAUAUGUAGUUGUAAUUCUGUUGAAUAUCAAGACCUGUAGUUUACUCUGAUGUCUAUAAUCAAAAGGGAUGAAUCUUUCUUUGUACAACACCUCAUCAAACAUGUUAUCUCUUACCUGAGUUUCUCUACCAUUCCUCCUUAAUUUACAGUGAUUCAACCUUUAAUUUAAUAGAUUGAAAGAAUUCAAACAAAUAAUAAGCUGAUAAAACCACAUUAUGAUGCUGAUCAAAUUGAUUCAUUUGUGCAAGAUGAUUUAUGUUGCGAGAUGUUAUUUGGUGAUUUAUCACAAUAAGAUUGAUUAUGUAUAUGGUUAUUUUACACUUAAGCUACUUCAGAUCGUUUAAAUAUGCAGGCACACUUUCUAAAAACUUAACCAGAAAUGAAAUUAAUUAUUUAAAAAAAAAAAAAAAGAAGUUAGAUCUAGUUUCUUCAUAUUCUGCUUGAUUAUAUUUAUGC